UGUUGCGUUGGCCAUAUUGAUCAGUGUUUGCUGCUGGAGGCAGAUGGAGACAGAAGUGGAUAAAGUUCAAGGACAGACCACAGUGUUCAGCCAGGAAAACCCUCUCUAUGACAACUCGAUGAAGCUUUUAGAGGCUGACCGCUAUGACUUCCAGCACGGUGAGGUGAGGUCUGAUAAACCAGCAGGUAAACAGCGAUGUGUUCCUGUAGUAAUAGUCAUCUUACUGCUGCUGAUAGCACUGAACUCUCUGCUGGUCUAUAAAGUUUUUACUCUGGAGUCUUGGGUUCACACUCACUGUACAACAGCUGAUGAGGCCAAAACAGAGAAACAAGUCAAGCUGAGCAGUUUGAACCCAGAUGAGGAGUGUCUGUCUAAUCUGUGUCAAGAUAACGGGACAUUAAAUAAAAUAAUGACUCAACUACAUGAGUUCAAUGUCACUGCACAAACAGCCAUGGUUUGUCCGCCUGGUCCACCUGGAAUACCUGGUCCACCUGGACGUACUGGUACUCCAGGUCUACGAGGUGAAAGGGGAAACACUGGCUCACCAGGUCCAGCUGGACCAUCAGGUCCAAAAGGAGAAAGAGGAGAACCAGGUGCGGCAGGGCAGAUGGGUCCACCUGGCCCCACGGGUAUAUCUGGUUUUCCAGGCUUAAAAGGGGAUCCGGGGGAGCAAGGAUUGCAAGGUUUAGACGGUUCUCCAGGAUUUAAUGGAACAGACGGUCUCCCGGGAAUGCAAGGGCCCCCUGGACAUCCAGGGCCUAAAGGAGACAUCGGGCCCCGUGGUGAGAAUGGAGUGCCAGGACCUCUGGGGCCUAGAGGGCCUCCUGGUCCAGUAGGACUGACUGGACUACCAGGACCACCUGGACCAAAAGGCUCAACUGGACUACAGGGUGAUGGCAGACCAGGAAUCCCAGGACCGCAGGGUCAAAAGGGAGAUAGAGGCUUUUCAGGGUUGCAAGGGCAAAAAGGAGAGCCAGGUCCUAAGGGCGAGAAGGGCGAUAUAGGAAUACCAGGUGUAACCCCAAAAGCAGCCAUUGUCCGUUUAGUGGGAACAUCCAACCGUGGCAGACUGGAGGUGCUUCAUCAGAGUGUCUGGGGAACAGUGUGUGAUGAUAGCUUUGACAGCGUUGAUGCACUGGUGGCAUGCAAGAUGCUGGGUUUCCAGAGGAACAUCGAUAAGUUCCCAGCCACUGGAGGAACCGGAAAAAUUUGGCUGGAUGACCUGAAAUGUACCGGAAAAGAGCUCAGCCUCUUUGACUGUCCACACGGAGGAUUAGGAAGCCAUAACUGUAACCACAGCGAGGAUAUAGGAAUUAGCUGCGCUUAAGUAAACAAAUAAUGUUGCCAUUAUAUAUACUUUUUAUAGCCGUUGUAUCUGUAUUUAGCCACUAGAGUUUAAAGCAUUUAAAAUAAGCUUACAUAAACACAUUAAAACUUAAAGUUGUGUAACGGUACAGUAGGAUUUGUGGGAUCGCUGGGUGUGUAUCACUUUAAACCUUAAACCUUCUUAAAAAGUCACAUUUAGAAAUUGUGGUAGGGUCCCCAAUCAUUCUGCCUACAUGAUAAAAAACAAUGUGGGAAUCCUAAAAACGUGUACAACUGAAUGGAUUUCUUCUGUCCUGCUGGUGUCUUUCUGUUUAGUUUAGACAUGUACUUACACAAGUUGGCAUAUUGUAGUGAUGAUUAAAUUGAUGAAAAUAUGUGUGAACUUGUGUGACAUGUUUGUUAAGUAUGGUAACUCAUACUUAAAAUGGGACCUCUGCAUGUAACCCAUCCCAGAGAAUAAUGAACACAUGCACUGCAAAUCGUGAACACACACACACACACACACACACACACACACACACACACACACACACACACACACACACACACACACACACACACACACACACACGGGGCAGUGUGGCUGACCCAACUGAGAUCCACCUUUCUUUAAAGGGGGCAUGGCACAAGACUUUUUUAAGAUGUCAAAUAAAUCUAUGGUGUCCCCAGAGCACAUAUGUGAAGUUUUAGCUCAAAAUACCAUAUAAAUAAUUUAUUAUAACAUGUUAAAAUCGACACUUUGUAGGUGUGUGCAAAAAUGUGCCGUGUCCUUUAAAAUGCAAAUGAGCUGAUGAAAUUCAAACACUGAUCACAAUGAUGGACAAUUAAAACUCAAUUGUGCUUUUCUCUGCACUAAAUGGCAGUGCUGUGGUUGGAUAGUGCAAGGGGUUGUAUUAUUAUAAUAAAAGCUCCUUAUGACAUCAUAAAGAGGGCCAAAAUUCAACGAACUAUUUUUUCAUGUGCUUGUAGAGAAUGGUUUACCAAAACUACCAAAACUAAGUUACUGGGUUGAUCUUUUUCACAUUUUGUAGGUUUUUCAUCUAUUUUCUAGGUUGAUCUUUUUCACAUUUUCUAGGUUUUUCAUCUAUUUUCUAGGUUGAUAGAAGCACUGGGGACCCAAUUAUAGCACUUAAACAUGAAAAAAGUCAGAUUUUCAUGCCAUGGCCCCUUUAAAUAGUGUCGGGUGAAUAAUGUCAACUGGGUUUGGCAUGUACGACAUAAUAAGGCCAAUGGAAACACGUCAAUUUCACAAAAACUCCAAUUUAUUUAAAAAAAGUUUUUACGCUUGUGUGAGGUGUUUUUUCAGGCAAUUCGCAAAACUGCUGAAACAGUUUAUAUGCAUUUUCAAGUCAACUGAUGUAUUUACUUUAAUCAGAUAAUCAUUAUUUGAAGAUGGUGCGGUAUGUACUAAAACCAUGCUUAAAAAACAAAACAAAAAAUCUGCCAAUGGGGUAAGAAAAAAUAUAGAAAUUUACACUAGAAAAAAAAUCUUACCUCAUUUGCAGAUUUUUUUUUUUUUUUUUUUUGCUUGUUUUAAGCACAAAUUCACACAAAUGAUCAUUUUUUUCUUAAAAAAAUAGACUUUUUCUUUCAGGUCAUUUUGCUCAUCAAUUUUCAUCUUGAUUUAUUCAUUUAGAUAUUUGUGCUAAAAACAAGACAAAAAUACUAAGAAAUUAAUUUUUGAUAACACUCCUAAGUCUCCUUCUGUUAAAAUAAUGGCUUAAAAUAGCCAACACCCAUCAACGUGAUGUUUGAAAUGGCUACGUUUUAGUCACAUAUUUAUCAAUUAGUGGAAAUGGUGUCAUUUCACAAAAGAUUUUUUAUUGGCAUUUAGAAAAUAUUGCAUAGAUUUUUGUAAUGGAAACGCAGCUUCUUGCCCAUGGCUCUUAAGAUUAUGUGUUAAAUGUGUUAUGUUGUUUUGGAUAAAUGUAUCUGCUAAAUCAAUAAAUAUAUUUCUAUUAAAGUG